AUGAUAGAUGGACAUCGGAACGGGAAAAGGAUUAGGGUGAAAGAUUUUGGUUUGGUUGGAGUAGGUUGCAAGACACGUCGAUGGGCUAUUAGGACCAAGGGAGAGACUUCCUUCGGUGAAUCUUACCUGAUGGCAUCUGAUGCAGGUGAUGCUUUUAGCAACAACAGGCAUCAAACAAUGUCGAUGAGUUACGAUGGGUCUCAAAGUGAGGAUCGGCAAAGUGAGGAGGUUCAGUCAGCAUACAAAAAGUUCAGUGCAGGGGAUGAGGACGCGAUAAGGGGUUUUGUAAAUUUGGAUGAAACUGAAGAGCAAAAUGAAGAAAAUGAGUGGAGUUGGGUGCCCCAAGAGGAGGAUCCUCUUGCUGAAUCAGCUUCUUCGCUUGAGAAAGCACAAGAAGUUCUUGAAAAAUUCUUCAAGAAAAAUGAAGAUCUUGAAAGUGAGAUGCUGAAAUUGUCAGAACUUGGCAAGGGGUUUGUGGCUGAGGAUUCACAUGAUGGCAACAUAGGUUUGCCUUAUAUAGAGGCUGAUGUACUGGGGAUGAAUCAAAAGAUGGAAUGUCUUGAACUGAAACUGAAAGAAGCGUCAGAUACUAUCACAGAGAAGGAUUCAAGAUUAUCCGAGCUCCAGUUACUUAUCAACAGUGCACAUACACCAACGCUGCAGACGGAGCCCGUCAACAUUGAUGAGUUGGAGGCCGAGCUUGAGAGCCACCUUCAGGACAAAAUCGAAGCCGAGAUUCAGUGUCUGGUCAUGGUGAAAGCGAGACAAAACUGGCAAGCCCGGGCCGAGGACCAGAUCGCGUUGGACGAGCACAGGCUCUCCACCGGGGACGACAUGAGAAUGUUGCUCAAGCUGCAAGACACGGAGAAGAAGAUCGUGAUGCUGAAGGAACAGGUGGACAGACUAGAGGCCCACGAGAAGGAGCUGUCGGUGACGACGGAGGUCCUGAGGAUGCAAAGCAAGACCUUCAAGAUCGGCCUCUUCGGUCUCCUCCAGCUGAUCAUGCUGUGCCUUUCCCUCAAGAUGUUCUUCGCCCAGGACUCUGCCCGCUUCGACGAUCUCGUACCGACAUGA